UCGGAAGUGACGCCGCGGAGGCGAGGCCGUCGCGGUGCGGAGCCGGGUGGUGCUGCCGGCGCCGGACGCAGUGCCCAGAAUACCAGUUUCUGAGAGGAAGACCAAAGACACCUAAUGACAGAAACUCAUGGACCAUUACUUCUUCCAAAAUGAUCUAUGUCUUGAAGGCGGAAGAAUUCAGUGCUGGGCUACCCUAAACAUUACCUAUGGUGCAACUUCAGAGAACAACUUGAUUUAUCUGACUUGAAGAGGAAGCACGUGUGCAGUAAGCCAAGAGGACAUGGGCUUUCAAUGCAUCUGGAAAAAUGAUCAGGUACUGGCUCCAUGUGUCACAUCUGAAUUGUGUUGUUCUCAUUCUCUAAGUACCAGCUCAGACCAUCUCCUUGAUGCACACUCACUGCAUCAUGGCCAGUACUCAGGAGCGCCUGAGCUUGUCUUCCUCUCCAAACUCCAUCAGCAAAGCUUUCUGUGAAGAUAAAGACUUUAGUAGGUUACAUGAUGAACAUGCACCUACUGGAAACCACCCGUCCCCCGAGCUCAUAGAGGAUGUGCAUGAGAAGGGCUUGCUGCAGGCAGACCUCAUUGAAAACGUGAACAGCCCGGUCACUGCAGCAGUGCUGACCAGCAUCAGCGAGGACUCUAGGGACCAAUUUGAGAACAGCGUGCUGCAGCUGCGAGAGCAGGAUGAAUCUGAAACAGCCAUUCCUCAGGGCAACAGGAACACUAUGGAUGGAGAGAGCAACAGUGGAGCAGAUGAUGUUAAAGUCCAGUUCAACAGAUCAGGCAGUGGGAGCGGUGGGUUUCUUGAGGGACUUUUUGGUUGUCUGAGGCCCGUGUGGAACAUCAUAGGCAAGGCAUACUCCACAGACUACAAACUGCAACAGCAAGAUACCUGGGAGGUCCCAUUUGAGGAGAUCUCGGAGCUGCAGUGGCUGGGCAGCGGUGCGCAGGGAGCUGUCUUCCUGGGCAAAUUCCGGGCAGAGGAGGUGGCCAUCAAGAAAGUGAGAGAUCAGAAUGAAACAGAUAUCAAGCACUUGCGGAAACUCAAACAUCCUAACAUCAUUGCGUUCAAGGGAGUUUGCACUCAAGCCCCAUGCUACUGUAUUAUCAUGGAGUACUGUGCACAUGGACAGCUCUAUGAAGUCCUGCGAGCAGGGCGGAAAGUCACCCCUCGGCUGCUUGUGGAUUGGUCCACGGGGAUUGCGAGUGGGAUGAAUUAUCUGCACCUUCACAAAAUCAUCCAUCGAGACCUCAAGUCACCAAAUGUUUUAGUUACACACACAGAUGCAGUAAAAAUUUCAGAUUUUGGUACAUCUAAAGAACUCAGUGAUAAAAGUACCAAAAUGUCUUUUGCGGGAACUGUGGCUUGGAUGGCCCCAGAAGUGAUACGCAAUGAGCCCGUCUCUGAAAAGGUGGAUAUCUGGUCAUUUGGGGUAGUUUUGUGGGAGCUGCUUACAGGAGAGAUUCCCUACAAGGAUGUGGAUUCUUCGGCCAUCAUUUGGGGUGUGGGCAGCAACAGCCUGCACCUUCCAGUCCCUUCCACCUGCCCAGAUGGCUUCAAAAUCCUCAUGAAGCAGACUUGGCAGAGCAAGCCCCGGAAUCGUCCCUCCUUCCGGCAGACACUGAUGCACCUAGAUAUUGCAUCUGCUGAUGUGCUGGCUACUCCUCAGGAAACCUAUUUCAAAUCACAGGCUGAAUGGAGAGAAGAAGUGAAGAAACAUUUUGAGAAAAUUAAAAGUGAAGGAACUUGUAUCCACCGGCUAGAUGAAGAAUUGAUUCGUCGUCGAAGAGAAGAGCUGAGACAUGCAUUGGAUAUCCGUGAACACUAUGAGAGGAAACUGGAGCGAGCUAAUAACUUAUACAUGGAGCUCAGUGCUAUUAUGCUGCAGCUGGAGGUCCGUGAGAAGGAGCUCAUAAAGAGGGAACAAGCAGUGGAAAAGAAAUACCCUGGGACUUACAAACGCCACCCAGUUAGACCAAUAAUCCACCCCAAUACAGUGGAGAAGCUGAUGAAGAGGAAAGGGGUCUCCCAUAAACCAGGCAGCCAGACUAAAAGGCCAGAUCUACUGAAGUCAGAGGGCAUACCCAGCACAGAAGCAGCAUCCAAUGGCUCACCCGUCUCAGGAAGUCCCAAAAUGUCCACACUGAGUGGCAAAAGCCGCUACCGCAGUAAGCCACGUCACCGCCGAGGGAACAGCAAAGGCAGCUACAAUGAUUUUGCAGGGAUCUUGAAAAACCAGCCAGUGCAAGACGAUGCACCUCCUCCUCCACCUCAUAAUCCUUCUCAUCACGCCGGCCUACCGCAGCAACCUGGCCACAGCCAUCCUCAUGGCCAUCACUCACGGCUUCAUGCCCACGGACAAGAUAUUGCCAAUUGUGCAAACAACUUAAGGUACUUUGGCCCUGCAGCAGCGCUGCGGAGCCCUCUCAGUAACCACGCGCAAAGGCGGAUGUCUGGUUCCAGCCCCGACCUCAUCUCUGCUGCCAUGGAAGCAGAUUGCCGAAGGAAUCUGGAGAGCAAAGAAAGCAAAGCUGAUCAUUGGGAGUGUUGCAAAACAGAUCCAUAUAAUUCCUGUCUAGAGUGCAGGGAAGAGGACAGUGGUCAGGUGCAGAUGUCAUCUGUUGAAACAGGGAUGAGCCAUUCUCAAUCACCAACAUCUGUUUCCCUAUAUGAAAACGCGCAGUACAUUGAGAAGAUGGAUGAAGAGGGCUUUGACAGUUGUAAGUCAGCAUCUGCCCUAGGCACUCCCCAGCACAUGGCUUCCUCAGUGCUACCUUGCAAAGCAAGACCCCUUCAGAAGAGUGGCGAUGACUCUUCAGAAGAGGAAGAGGGCGAAGUAGACAGUGAAGUGGAGUUUCCUCGUAGACAAAGACCUCACCGCUGCAUUAGUAGUUGCCAGUCCUAUUCAACCUUCAGCUCGGAGAACUUCUCUGUGUCAGAUGGAGAGGAGGGGAACACAAGUGAUCACUCGAACAGUCCGGAUGAGCUGGCCGCCAAGCUGGAAGAUGAGCUGGCUGAGAAGCUGGAGGACAUGUUGUCCCAGACUCCAGAGAUCCCCAUUGAAAUCUCUACCCAGUCUGAUGGGCUUUCAGACAAAGAGUGUGCAGUGCGGAGAGUCAAGACUCAGAUGUCUCUGGGCAAACUUUGUGCAGAUGAACACAGCUGUGAGAACCCAGCACAGUUUGGAGAAUCAGACUGUGACUCUUCUGAAGGGGAGUGUUCUGAUGCCACAGUCAGGACCAAUAAGCCCUGCAGCUCUGCUACUUGGUAAAACAGAUCUCCCCCAAAGCUUCCUGAUACUGGCAUUUUGAUUUCCCUGAGAUUCCACUUCAUUCCCCUUCACCACACUUUACAGGAAGAGAAGAUGCUUCUCCUUCCCACCCCAGGAGUGAUUUGCAAUAACCCGAAUCUCUGGAAAAUGUCCAAAUGAAAUUAAUUCUCUUUGAGCAUUUCAAUCAAGAAUGGCAGGGAUGUAUUUUAUUGAAUAAUCUAGUUACUGUAACAUGGAUAUUUAUUUUUUUGACAUUUUAACACUUUUUACUGUAAAGAGUGGAUUGUAUUUAUAGACACACAGACUUGUUGCAAAAAAAAUAAGUUCAGAAAGCAAGCACAUAACAGAGAAACAUCCUGGGAGUCCUGCCUGGACAGCUUUGUGUACAGACGCGGGGGGAUUCUCUUGCUGCUUUCACAGGGGACCAGGCCUCGUGGCCCUGAAGAUUGGAGAACAGAUCAAGAAAACUAAACCACUCAGUCUUAUCAAAUGAGGAAGCAUUAAAAGACCUUACUAUAGGGUAACCUGUGAACAAAGCGUAUUCAGUAUAACCAGCUGGGUCAUUUUUAAUCAGAAGGUUGGACGUGUUCCUGGAGAAAAUUGGUACCAAGGUGCUAACUUCCAGGGUCUUCUGAGUUGAUACAUCCCCAGGAAUGUAAUAGUGGGUUUUAUUUUAAGGAUUUUUAGUUUCUUUUUUUAAUCAGCAUUUUGUUGUGAGAUCCUGCAAAUGUAUUCUAACCUCGUCCUCUCGAGAAUUGGUAUAAGAGCACUUCUUAACAUCGUCCUUGCUUCACUCUGGCAGUGUCGAUCUCCAGUUGAGCAGGGAAACCUCUUUCAGAUGCAGUGUGCCAUUUCCCAGUUUACUUCCUUCUCUUACCUCCUGUCUGUUUCAGUCAGUCAAAAUAAUCAAUCAAAUCAGUGUUGGAAAAGCAAGAACUUGCAAACCGUGGAAAGCACAUUCUGCAGAGCCUGAGCACUCUUCUGGGGAGGAAACUGGAGAUGCCUGUACUGGACUUGGAGAAGCAGUCUCUCACCUACAACAGCAUCAAUAACCAGCAGAGAGCUGUGUGUUGAGGGGGAAGACUGGGAAUCACUGGCCUAGAUUAAGAGCAUCAGCCCUGCUCUGUCUCCUUAUUCACUGUACAUUCUUGAAAGCAUUAACAGCUGCCUGCCCUUCAUGUCAGGCUUUGUGCAAAACGGGUUGCACAGGGAAUCUUGAUGGUAGCUGUGGCACAGCUGUGUCUCAGUUGCACCCUGAGGCCUCUGUUUCUCCUUUAAGCUGAAACUCUGCAGGUGAAAGUGAGGAUAGUACUGCUAUGACAGGCCGAGGCAUUGGCAGAUGAGAAAAAGUUUGUUUUCUGAUAGAACUCAUAGUGCCUUCCCUUCAAACACUACUCUUCUAAAACAAUAUUUAAAGAGAACAAAAUGAUAGAGCACGAUUCCUUCCCCCCACCCUCACCUUUAGCUGAUGUCCCCCUGCAAGAGCUUUCACUCUGCCCUUCCUAGCGCGCUGGGUGCUGCUCUGCAGACUGGCACACCAGCCUGAGCUGAACGGCAGGAAUGGACCAUGGACAGGUACUUCUGUUGCUUUGUUUGUUUACAUUUUAUGUUAAAAUACUGGUUUGAAUUUAACUGUGGUAAUUUAUAGCCUCAUGGCAAAGUGAAGGAAAAUGUCUUACUUAUACAGAGAGCAGUAUUGUAUGAGUUUAAAUUAUCCCAUAUUUUUAAAUUUUUGUAGCUGGACUACACACAGAUCUUAAGUUAUGAUGUUAUUUUAUUAUUUAUUAUCAUUUCUGUAGAUCAGAAGGUUGGCUUCACCGCUAGCACAAUUGUAAUCUGUUUGUGUGGUGUUACCUUCUCCCUGGUCGCUGGCGGGGAAUGGGAGCAGAGCUGGUCUCAGCAGCUGUCGGUAGUUGCUGCCUCUCGUGAUUUCUAAGGAUGCUGUUACACCGGUGCAGAGAACCUGUGAAGGCUGCUCUGAGAGGUGGAUGCAGUCAGCUCCAUGGUACUCCUCGUGGUUAAUGCUGCAAUGUGCUCACUUUGCUGGUAGAGUUGACAGCUCCUGAUCUCAUGGGGAAUGGUGAUCAGGGAGCGAGUGGUUUCUGAACUGAUCACAAAAUGAACAAGAUGCCCUGGCAAGAGCACCCAAAAGGACAAGCAGAGAGGAGGGCAGUUACCCCGGGCAGCAGGUACGAGAUUGGGGUGGCCAGCAGUGGAUCCACAUGGUGGAUUACCCGUGUAGGACCAAACAGGUUGCUGGAGAGGGAGUGACCAGCUCAUCCCUGCCUGCAGCAGCAAUACUCAGCUCUGGGUGGAAGUAGGAUGCUGUGGGGAGUGAAGCUCUUUCCUGGCUUGUUUCUUGUUUCCUCACUCUUCUCAUCCCUCAUUUCUCCCCCCAGAUGUUCUCUGUCUCUUCGCCAGUGGCAGAAGGAGGUGGAAGGACAGAGAUGGCUUUGCUGUCAUGGUGUGAGAGGGAUUUUGGUGUGGAAGGGGUGGUGCAGAUGGUUACUCAGGAGGCUGGAGGCUGGCGUGCAGGAAUUUAACAAUGGAGAACUGUGUGCACGUAACAUAUGCACACAAAGAGACUGAACUAUUGCAUACAGAGAGAUAGAGAACUACCAUCAAGUGUCCCCCAUAGCAGAGGAUGCCAGGCUUUAUGCCCCUGGAGAGACUCUGCUGCUCAGAUCUGACAGGCUUCUUGAGCUCCAGCAGGCAGGGCUAUUCCCAGCCUGUGGGCAGCCCUACAGCCAAAGAAGAGCUGCCUCCAGCUCAGGCCUGUCAGAGUCUCUGUGCAGGAUCUUGUCUGCAAUGAUUCAGUCCCUAACAAAAAGAUCCCAGAGGGGUUUUGGUAGCUGUGGUGUGAGAUUUUGGGACCCUUCUGGGCCAGGUGUCCCAGGUGUGUGCCGAUUCCUCCCCAUCCUUGCCUGGGGACACGCUGGUCCAUUUUGCAGCCUGGAAGAGCAGAGCUGAACCCUUCAGGUUGUCUGCUGCCACACUUAGCUCUAGUUUCUUUACACGCCUCAGUCAUUGCAUUGUUGCAGUCCAGUGUCGCUCCUCCUAACUGCUGCCUACUAUGCAGUGUCCCUCUGGGACUGCCACUAGGGCAUCCCCCCCUUGCCCAAACACAUAACCCUGUACCCAUGGAGAUGUAAUCCCAGCUCCUGCCGCACGCAUCCCAUGCCCUCAGCUGUGUGCAGGCAGGAGUGGCUCAGCAGCCCCCUGCAUUCUUGAUGUUUUCUGUCAGUUCUGCAGGGGGUUAUAGGCAUUUUCCUUAGUGAAACCUCCCCAGAUCUGCACAUAGAUGUGAUCUCCACAUUGCUGUAUGGGCAUCUCUGCUGCGGUUGCUCACAUGUUCUCCCCUAGCAGGGUGUGGGGCUGAGAGGCGUUAGCCUGCUUUCUCCUCGCAGCAAUGCCACAUUUGCAGGGCAGAAGUAAACCCUGGGUUCCCUUUUCAGCAUCCUGACUACCCUGAUCCAGUUCUCACGGCUGCUGACAGCUCCUGAACACUAGCCUAGAUUUUCUCCCAGAGCUGAAUGUUGCGUUCCCCACUGUCGUGUUCUAAGUAACCAUUUCACCUUGGCCCUGUCCAGUAGUGUUCAUCUCUCUCCUCCCUGCUCUGUGGAUUCCUGAUACAAACUUGAUUUUUUUUGUAUUGAACAGUGUACAGUGAUGGAAACAAGAAUGACUAUCAAAGCAAACAAUGCAUGGAAUAAAAAGCCAGUGUACUUCAAUGCU